AUGAGUCUGCACGCUUUUGAAGUCCACAACUGUUUGACUUCUUCAUGCCAGGCGCCUGUACAUGAAGCUGUCGGUUUUUUCAAAGGUGGAAAAGGCGUAUUGCCAGUUGGCAAGGUGGAUGUUGCACCAGAAGGAAACUUGCAAGAGGUUUUGGAGCACCACUCCCACGACCGAGUGGACGCUUGGAGCAAAGGGAACAUGGGAGGAGACAGAGGACAUUCUCCACCACCGUCAGACGAGGAGUCUGCUGGGCCCAGUACCGCGCCAGUUCCUCCCAGUGGAUCCUCCAUCACGCAGGCGGCGCUGGCGGCCCUGCAGCGCUCUGGCCUUCAGCUUGCACCCCAGGAUAGGAAGCCCAGCCAUCCUUCAGCAGCGCCCAAGGCCUUUGUGAAACAGUGGACAGAGGAAGAUUCUGAAGAGGACUGGGAGGAGCAUCAAGACUCUUGGAGCGACCGAAGGUGGAAAGGAGACGAGAGCCAGCGGCCACAGCGGGACAGCUGGGACACUUGGAGUGAGAACGAGACGUGGGAGGAUGAAGCGGACUCCAAGCAGAAGUGGAAAAAGUCUCAGUGGGAUUCUUCUCUCCAUCAAUCCCAUCAAUCUCAUCAAUCCCAUCAAUCCCAUUCCCCAUCUCAGUGGGAUGGGAAGUGGCAAAGUUGGGAGACUGAAGAGGCUGAGACCUGGGAAAGAAAGACGUCGAGCUGGGAGUCAAGACCCAAAUCACCUCGGUCAGAGGGUUGGAAGUGGAACCGAGAAGAAGUCGCUCAGACUCAAGGCGAUUCGGGUCGCGACCACCGCGACCACCGCGACCACCGCGACCGCGAAGUCUGGGAGGACUGGAGUUGGAACGAGACGGACUCGAAGGACUCGAAGGAGUGGAAGGAAUGGAAGGACGAUCGAUGGGAAUGGAGAAGUGGAUCGAGGCACAGGGAAGAUGAGAAGUGGGAGCAAGACGAACGGGAUGAUGGAAGGUGGAAGGAGAGUGAUCGUCAGACUUGGAAGGAAGAGAAAGACGAUGAGAAGUGGGAGGAGGUCAAAGAAGAGGAGGUGUGGGAGAAAGAAGAAGCUGACAAGUCUUGGAACGAAGAAAAGGACGAAGAAAAGUGGGAAGUCGAGGAAGAGGAGGGGAAAGAACAGGAGAAAUUGGAGGAAGAGAGGGAAGACGAGCAGUGGGAAGAAGGGGCAGAUGAAAAGACCUGGAAGAAAGAGGAAGAACAUAAAACAUGGGAGGAGGCUCAGGAGGCUGAGGAGGCUGAGGAGGCAAAGGAGGCAAAACAAGAUGAGCAGCUAGAGGAACAGUGGGAGGAAGAGAGUGAAGACGAGGAAGAUUGGAACUGGGACACCCGUGCUCCUGACGUCAAAGAGGCUUCACUGAAACGGAAAAAGGUCAAGACAUCAAUAAAGGGAAAGAAGGGCUGGCUCUUGUGGCUCUCGGAUGAGGAGGCCUCACCCAAGGGAAAGGGAGCGCUUUUGGAUGAGGCGAGAGUUGGGGAGGCGAACGUCUCUAGAGCAAAUCUGCCGAACUCCACCCGUCUUCAAACGUCACCUGCGACAGUCGGUAAAGACGGUAUCACCUGUUACCAGUAG